GCAAGACAUGUUUAAAAACGCAAACAAUUGCAUUUUCGAAGCAGUUCUGCAACAGAGCAUUAGGCGGAGUGUCGAAGUAGACAAGAACCGAGUAAAAAGUCAACAAUAAUGGCAACUACUUCGUUGUGUGUCAAUACUUCUACAUCGCAACUCACAGGUGGUUCAACCCCAGAAAUGGAGUUUGAGGUGCCAAGACAUUUGUAUCCUGUGUCACCAUAUGAAGAUUUGGGGAGAAGUUUUGCUGUUCUAGUCAGGGAACAUAUCAAACGAAGGAAUGAAAUGAAAACUGGAGAGCUGGAUAGUGUCAAAAUGAACUACUCUACUGAAAGAGAAACUUGUAAUGACAUCCAUCUUACCAAAGAGACACAAAAAAUACCCAAUGAUCUGAAGAGUAAAGAGCUUCAUACAGUGACUUCCCACACCAGUACCACAUCAAGUAUAAAAUCAAAUACUGAUAAAAGUAAGAAUAAGAAAUGGAAACCUGCAAACCAUCUUCUUAAUAUCAAAUAUGACAAUUCUGAAGUAAACAGAAAAAUUGGGGUUGAUGAUGAACAUCCUUGGAAAACGCAAGAAAUUGCUGAAAUAAUGGCUCAUUAUGAUGAAGAACUUGAAUCAUAUGAAACUACAUAUGGACAAUUUGAACAUCAUCAAAUCCAUGGUUCAAAGGGGAACAGAGACUAUUUAAGGAAGGACAAGGGCAGAAAGGUGCAGAGUGCAAAGAAACAAAUAAAGCAAAAACAAUGCAGAAAAAUCCAUAAUUCAAUACAUAACAGAUCAAAACUGUUUAUGCACCACAGAGUGUAUAAACUUAUCUGCCUUAGACUUUCAAGAGCUAAUGAUCAAUUCCAACCAAUAUUAAAAUACAAACACUCAGAAGCUGCAGUUUCCUGUAAAAAUAAGAUUGAUGCAACAAUUGACAAAAUAAGCAGCCCAAAAACACCCCGAGUGUACACCCCUACCAAAAACUAUAGAACUGCUCAAGUUCAUACUUUACUCAAUACGACAAGUGCCCCUAAAGAAUUCUCAAGUUUUGACACUACUGUUGUGAGUGCCUUUAUAAACCUACAGCACAGGGAGAUCACUCCAGAAGACUUUGACCUGCUGCUUAACCUUGAUGAUCUAUGCAAACCUAAAACUGUUAAUACACUGGCACUUAGCUCACUGAGAGUUGAAGCUGUUCAUGAACAUGACAUUCUAGAAGAUCCUUGUGCAGUAUGCAUGGAGUUCUACCUUGUAGGACAGUGUAGGAAAUAUUUACCAUGUGGUCAUGUAUUUCAUGAAACAUGCAUUGAUCAGUGGCUCACAUAUUCUUCCACAACUUGUCCACUUGAUGGUAUUCCUAUUGAUAGCACAUGACUACCUGAUCCUCACUUAUUAAAUUGGCUAAGUGAGUGAUUUGAUGAUUGGACAGAC